AUGGCGGUGGCGCGGCUCGCCGUGGCCCUCCUACUGCUGGCGACGGGCUGUGCGGGGCGCGACUUCGCCGUCGGCGGCCGCGCCGGAUGGACGGCGAACCCUGCCGAGCCGUUCAACCACUGGGCCGAGCGCAAUCGCUUCCAGGUCAACGACCGUCUCGUGUUUAGGUACAAAGGGCAAAAGGACUCUGUGCUGGUGGUGAGCCCGAGCCACUACGACGCAUGCAACACCAGCGACCCCUUCAUGCGCCUCGGCGGCGGCGAAUCCGGCUUCGUCCUCUCCUACUCCGGCCCCUACUUCUUCAUUAGCGGCGACGCCGGACGCUGUCAGGCCGGCGAGCGCCUCAUCGUCGUCGUCCUCGCCGUGCGUACCCCUUCGCCUGCUCCUUCAACACCGCCGCCACCACCCAAGUCACCCCCCUCGUCGCCGCCUCCCGCUCCGGCAGCUGCGGGGAAUUCUUCUACGUCGCCACCACCGGCGCUAGCGCCGCCGGCUGCGGGAAAUUCUUCCACGUCGCCACCACCAGCGCUUGCGCCGCCGGCUGCGGGAAAUUCUUCCACUUCGCCGCCUCCGGCGCUAGCGCCGCCGGCUGCGGGGAAUUCUUCCACGUCGCCACCUCCAGCAAUAGCGCCGCCGCCGGUAACGAAUGGUACGGUGUCGCCACCGCCGAGUUCGCCAUCGUCCGCGUCAGCCUCGCGGGGCGGUUUCUUGGCGUGCCUCAUGAUAGCCGGAGCCAUAGUGCUAGCUUGAUUUGGUCGAUCGGUCCCUCCUGCUGCAUUGGAUUGUGUUUGAUUUGUUUCCAUCGGUAUAUCUCCAAAUUUUAGGAUUCUGUCGGAUCAAAUAACAUUGUUUCCUUAUUUCAUCGUUAUAGCGCGAGUAAGGGUAUGUAAUCUUUCAUACUGUAGUAUGUAAUUCAGCCAUUACGCCAGAUAAUUAAGAUGGGUGAUUUUGCUUGUUGAACAA